GCUGGAGAUUUUUUUUUUCUUCUCUUCUCUCCUCAUCACCCAACGCCAGACAACAGGAUUUCCUCGUCGCCAAAAAUCCAACCGCCAAAAUGGUCAAGCUGAACAAGAACCUUCACUCUUCCCGAAGCAAGAGCCGCCGUGCUCACUUCAAGGCUGGCUCUGGCGAGCGCCGUACCAUCAUGAGCGCCCCUCUCAGCAAGGAGCUCCGUGAGAAGUACAACGUCCGCAGCAUCCCCAUCCGCAAGGACGACGAGGUCACCAUCGUCCGUGGCUCUAACAAAGGCCGCGAGGGCAAGGUCACCUCCGUCUACCGUCUCAAGUACGUGAUCCACGUCGAGCGUGUCACCCGCGACAAGGCCAGCGGCCAGAGCGUCCCUCUGGGCAUCCACCCCUCCAACGUCGUCGUCACCAAGCUCAAGCUUGACAAGGACCGUGAGAGCAUCCUGGCCCGCUCCAAGGUUGGCCGUGAGCUCCGCGCUCCCAACAAGGUCUCUGCUUAAAUGCAGAACCACUUGGACAACAAAAAACCAAAAAAGGGAACGGGACGAUGGAGGUGAAUAAUUUUUUUUCUUCAGCUUACACAAUUCUUCCAUGUGAUGCAUCCAUGGCACAAUGACGGGAACAAGGGAAUGGGCAUUUGAUCCGGCGUUUUUUUAGCGAUACCCGAGACCACCCUGCAGGUCCGGCGUUCAUCAGCAGGGUAGAUGAAUCGAGAAUUUUACGAUUCUCAAUGGCCGUUUCACCAACUUGUUGUGUGAAAUGCUCCAUGGGAGGUGUUUCCCGAAGCUUUGUGUCCCCUCUCUACUUUCUUU